AUGUUAGCUCUAGGUCUUGGACAAGUUCCUAACUAUACAGCCACUAAUAAUGCUAAUGCAAAUACUUUUGUUGAUGCUCAGAAAUGUGAUAUCUUAAAAUCUAAAAUGGGGAAUAAAUUUUCUCCAGUAAUAGCAAAUGAUUCCUAUAUAGAUG